AUGUUCGCUCGAUCCGCCAUCCGGGCCAACCCGGCCACCUCGCUCGUGACCCGCCGUGGCUUCCACGCUACCCGCGCUCAACUUGCCAGCCCAUUCCACUACCCUGAAGGACCACGAAGCAGCAUCCCGUUCAACCCUCUCACAAAACACUUCUUCUGGAGAUACUGGACCUUCAUGGGCCUAGGAUUCUUCUUGCCGUUUGGAAUUGCUGUCUGGCAAAUCAAGAAAGCGAAAUAA